ACACUUAGGGCGGGGCGUGGAGAAACAGACACGCGUUCUGGGAGCUGUAGUGCCAACUUUUUUUUUUAUUGCUACUGUUUGUGGCUGCUAAACCACAAGCCCCAAACUGCCUUGCGGCUUCUGUCCGCCUCUUUUAGUAGAAACCGGAAGUGAAUGAGGCGAAACAGCAAAAAAAGGACCUGUAAUGUUUCUGUGGUAACGGGACUGCGGGGCUCUGUUCUAAGGAAGAAGAUGGAGGCGCUUGGCGCCUACAGGUGCAUCGAGUGCAAUGGAAAAGCUACGGAACUGUAUAGAGACUAUCAGCGUGGCGUGCUGCGCAUCUCUAUCUGUAAAUCUUGCCAGAAACCAGUGGACAAAUACAUUGAAUAUGAUCCUGUUAUAAUCUUAAUUAAUGCUAUAUUAUGCAAAGCACAGGCCUACAGGCACAUUCUGUUCAAUACAAAGAUAAAUAUCCAAGGGAAGCUCUGCAUAUUUUGUUUGCUUUGUGAAGCUUAUCUCAGAUGGUUACAACUACAGGAUUCAAGCCAAAGCCCUGACCCUGAUGAUUUAAUUAGAUAUGCCAAAGAAUGGGAUUUUUAUCGAAUGUUUGGAAUAGCAUCCCUAGAGCAAACUGCCUUUUUGAUUGGCAUCUUCACUGCUCUGUGGUUAGCAAGGCCAAGAGUCCUACAAACCAAGGCAGAUUUCAUCUUACUCCUGAAAGCACUGCUGCUGUCUAGUUAUGGAAAACUUCUGCUGAUUCCAGCUGUUAUUUGGGAGCAUGACUAUACUCAUUUGUGUCUCAAGCUCAUUAAAGUAUUUGUCUUGACAUCAAAUUCUCAAGCAAUUAGAGUUACCUUGAAUACAAGCCGAAAGCUUUGUCUGCUGGCCAUUGUGAGUGGACUAAUUUUGGAAAAUGGUAUCAUCUAUUUGUUCCAGAGGAUAGGAUGGAAUGUUUGAAGCAGUUGCCUUGUCUUUUUGCUAAUGAUGGAUUUAAUUUUUGAGAAUGUAAAGAAGGAACACCUUUGGAAUUCGUCUCAAUUGUUACUUUGCCACGGUGUUGCUGCUCAUUAGUUAUAAAUGCUAUGGUAAGGAAACUCUGAGUGUACCUGUUGUUCCAGGCUGAACACAUGACCAACUGAAACCAAGCCAAGGACUUCAGUUUUCAUGUACUCAUAGUUUGCUUUAUAGGAUUCUUCGGUAUUUUGGUCUUGCCAAAAAGGUCUUUGAGUCCUGUUAUAACCGGAUUCAUAAGUAUCUAGAAGAACAGUAUUAAGAAAAUGAACUUUUAUCAUUUUGUCUUCUGGCACUUGAGAAAGAAAAAACCUAGAUUGGUUGUUUCUUUGUAAGAAAAAAGAAAUUUACUCAUGCGAAGAAGAAACUGUGUAAUACUUAAGUAUCUUGAGUUUAUGAAAUGAAGAGUGACAGAUUGUUUUCCUUUAACAAUAAAAAACCAAUCCAAAA